CGGAAUUGGAGGUGUCAUAAUUCUAUGCAACUAUGAAAAUCUAAAUGCAAUUUCAAAAUUACAAGCCACAAAAUUAUUCUCUGGACAGCAGAUCGGUUCAAGGCGAUGCAAAAAAUAUUUCUUAAGCGCAUUUCGAUUGACUUCGGGCGAUUUUUUAAAUGGAAUUGAUGAGCAUGCAUUUUACUUUGAUUGACACAUUUUUGCAUAGUGCACACGGAUCUAUGAAUGUUUUCAAUAUGUUAGCAGCACACAUCGAAUGGACAUUGAAUUAUGGAUAAAACGAAUAAUCAUAUGUACAGCAGAACAUCAGAGAAUUACACGUAAAAUAAUAAAAAAAAAUAACUUUUACAUCUGUUCCAUACAGCAAUUUUAUCGCCAAGUUUGCGUUUCAAGCGUGAAAUGAUUGAUUGGCUUGAAACUGCAUUUGAAAAUGUAUUUUUUUCGCCACAAUAAAAAGGAACACAACAAGUACGAGUUUUCGGUUCGAUCGUUCACGCAGGGACAAACCGGUGGCGUGUGAAAUGAACAUUCAACUUUUUGGUCUGCUAGUUUGAAGUUUGACGACGACUUUGAACGGCACUUUGAUCAAGUGCUAUAAUACUAAUGUUGUCUGAAGUAUCCACUAUUUUGGUAACUAUUUUACACCAAAUUUCGGUGCUUUUCUGAUUGUCAACAAUUUCUUUUUGCGGGCACUGGCGGCACAUAUAUUUUAAUUGAAAGAACUGGAUCAUCUGGUGGCGGCAGCAGCAGCGGCGCCGGUGGCUUUAUUAUUCGUUUGAUCAAAGACAAUCAAUGCAGCCAGACAGACCGUUGGUAAAGUGAAAACGAGCGGUUAGACCGGCGAUAAAAGACAUCGAUAUGUGUCGGGAUUGACUUUGUUAACCUAAUCAUGAAAUUUCCGGAGUAGUCACAAUAUCACUCAUCAAGUUGCCAAAGAAUGGACAUCGAUAUAGUUAUAUUAAAAUAAGUGCCACUGCUUGAGGCAACGAUAUUUUGAUUAAGUAUCAAAUUGUACUAAUUUUUCACGAAAUCAAGUAAGCUAAUUGACUGCAAUCAUGGUUACUUAGUAUUUUAUCAAUUAUUAAUUAGAAACUUAAAAGUUUUUCUUAUAACGAUCAACUUUUGAAAAACAGUGCCAUCUAUGAUAAUAGGUCCAAAUUAAUUGAUUGUAUGUAAUAAUGCAUAAUAACAAACAAUAAUAGUCUGUUUUAUUUCUUGGGGAAAAUAUCACAAAGAAAUAAAAUCAUUCUCGUUUGCAAAUACGUUACCAUUAAAUUGUUAGCUUACACUUUUGAUUUGGAGAAAAUUUGACGUCAUCACAAAAAAAUGGUGCGGUAAUAAAUGUCAUCAUCUGUGCUCUGCUGAGCAUUUACAGACAUCAACACCAGUAUGCGCUAGCGAUGAAUUUUGCGUUCAUGUAGGAUUUUGAACGACAGUUGGGAUUUGAAAAAUUCAGUCGAUAGAGGUGAUUUUGGUCGCGGCUGAAGUGAAGUGCAGCUUCAGGGUUAAAAUACAAAUUUUAAAUGUGCUUGUACAAUUUUCACACGAAACCAAAACCAAAUACAGAUAUUUUAACGUUAGAAAAUUGUAACGAAUCAAUAAAUUGUGAAAAUAUUUGUGAAUUUAUUCGAGGGAAAGAUCAUAAAUAUAAAUUGUUGGUGCGUGAGUGAUUCGAUGUUGCAGUGUAGUGAUUUGGAUACAUAAAGGCACAGACAGACUCAUGCAUACAUGCACAUACCGAACACCACACACAGUGACACAUUGACAUAGACAGUUCAUUUGAGUUCAAUUGCGUGUUGGUAUACACAGGCGCAAGUCCACCAAGUUCAUACAUACAUGCGCAAAAUAGGCACACAAACGUACGCGCUACACGCACACACACAAACACACACACACACCCAUAUGAAACACAUUGGACUGAAUAGAGUUUAGCCGCGCAAAGAAAUCAUACGUAAAGAAGGAACUCAAAACAACAGCGUAAUGAACAUUGCAACAGUAUUCAAGCAAUCGACAACAACAUCGGCGGCACGAAUGUCGACCAGCCGAAUUCAUCAUCGUACCGAAUUGUCAACGUUGAGCAGCAUUGAUAAUUUGAAACGGAAAAAAAUCAGCGGUCAACUGCCGCAACAUCAACAGCAGCAAUCAGUGUGUAGAACGCAAACCAAAUCGAGUGUGCUUAUGGAAUCAAAUUCGGUAUUGAACGUCGUCCAAGAACUUGGCAAUGAUCAUCGUCAUCGUCAUCAGCAUCGUAGAAACAGUUUGAGCCUGACAGAUGAGCGGCUGCUCAAAAUCUUAUCAGCACCACCCGACGAACCGCUCUAUAUCAACAAUAAAGCGACGUUAAAUGGCAACGAUAUCAGCAGCAGCAACAGUCCUGGUGACAAUUUACUGAUACAAUAUGAAGCGGCUACGACGACGUCAUCGAUUGUUGCCGUGGAUGAUUACGAAAACUUGCCGCCAGCCGAUAAAUGCGCGGUGGCCACCACCAAUAUUGAAGAUGGGAACAUGGAGACGAUGACUUCGACGCCACAACGGCGUUUCGGUACAGCAGCAUGGAAUAAACUUCAGCUAGAUUUGAACAGUCCAUCAGCAUCAUGCCGUGUGCGCGCUAUUCGCGCUAUGAAUAGCCCAGCCAACGACAAUUUCUAUAGCCAUUUUGAUGUCACGAAUGACGCCAGCAUCGCCGAAAUAGAACGUUCCAUUGAAAUGCCAAGAACAAUUGAAGAGGUGAUGAAAGAUGUCAUUGUGUACGUUGAAGUUCGAUCUGGUACGGAAAACCGAACGAGCGGCAUAAAAAGUGCAAUUGCAAACCUAGGAGCAAAAGUCAACGAUCGACUUUUACGCAAUACCACGCACGUUGUGUUCAAAGAUGGUCUACAGUCCACAUACAACAAAGCCAAAAGCUGGAAUAUUCCAAUUGUGUCAAUUUUGUGGAUUGAAGCCUGUAAAAAGCAUCUGAUACUCAUGAGCCCAAAGGACUAUCCGAUAUCAAAUGUCGAGAAAUUUGAAAAUCCAGAUCUUUAUGAAAAAACGAAGCGUCAGAAAUGCAUUCAACCUGACACAUUGAUGAAGAAUUUGCAUCGGCCAAUUCCUAAGUCGAAAAUUUUGGAGGGCCUCAAGAAAAGCUGUGCAACGCUAUCGUCAUCUAAUGCCACCAUCGAUAAAACCAUGAAGGCAUCACCGGCUAGAAAGACCACAUCGUCAUGUUUGACAACAACAAAAUCAACAACAACGGCGAUUCAAGCCAGAAAAUCGAUUGGCAGAAAAUUGGCGGUGGACGAGAAGCCGAAAAAUACAAUUCGUUCCAUGUUCAAAAAACAGUUGGAGAAAAGUCAAACUCUAGAGAAUUCACAAUUGAAUGGUGACGCAUUGACACUGGAUGAUGUAGUCGUCACCACACAAAAACCUGUUGGCCAAAUGGCUAAGGCCGAACCGGAGGAAAAAGGAGAACAAAUUGUCGACAACGUAACAAAUGGUACUUGUUUGGUGAGUGGUUCCUUACACAAGCGUCUUACGCGGCGCAACUCAAUGUCAUUGCAGACGCCAACAAAAACGCCACUGAAAUCAAAUGCAAACGCAGAGAUCUCAUCAGUUUUAAGUAGUGUGAAAAAACAACGUCGUUGCACCAUGUUCACGCCGUCCAAAUUUUCAAUUGACGAAGAUGAUGAGGCCGACGGAAAUGGCCGAGAUGGAAACCAGACGGUGAAUAAAACGGUCGAAAUGGAAAUAUGCAAUGGUGUAGCGAAUAAGUGCAAUAGCAAAGUGCGACAAAUUCUCAAUACAGAACUGGUUCAGAAGACACCAGUUGUUGGCAAAAAGCCAAACGGGAUAGCAAACAUGUUUGCACAACCGAAUUCAAGUUUGCGUAGACGCACAACUUACACGCCGCAAGUAAUGGAUGAAACAAAAGUACAAACCACCACCACUUCAAGUACACCAAUCUCGUCGUCAUCGAUAACACAACGUCGAAAAACAAUGAAUGUAAAUGCGAUGGCAUCAACACCACGUUCCACCAGCACUAUUCCAGAUGCACUGAUUGAAACAAAAUCCUGUGAUGCAGUCCUCACGCCGACCAACAAACAAAUUACCGAACUGGGCACUGCAUUUUCCACAACGCCACUCAUCCGAUCAUUGUCGAAAACUCACAUAGAUCACAUCCGUAGCAGUACAUCGAAAACGCUGCUAGACGAAUACAACGACACAUUCAGUUCGAAGAAAACGCCGCUGACUGACAAACGCCGCACUAUUGCCAACAUCACGAUGGACAUAAUAAAGCAACGCAUCGAAAACAUCAACCGCAAUGCCUCGUUUAAUCGGUCAACAACGGAUUUUCAAGAUGAUUCGUUCCACAGCAGUAGCGAUGUGAAGGCGACCCCAACGCAGGUGGAAAACACCGAAAAGUUAACAACAACAACAACAACGACCACGACAACGACACCAGCAAAUGGAACAAAUGGACAAUUGAAACCACUUAAACGGAAAUUAUUCACACAACCAUCAAUUUUACCACCGAAUAGCCCUCUUCCACCAAUUGCAACACCGAAGACUGAUAAAAAGACUGCAGCAGCAACCCAAAAGCGGAAGCGAACUGACUUAGUGGCAGCAGCUAGUGAGGGGAAAGUGGUGCCGACUGAAAAACCACACCACAGCCAUAAGAAAUCAAACGCACGCCGCAGUACCAUGUUCUUCGAAGAAGCGCCAAUUCGUAAGAUAAAAUGUGAUGCAUCGGUUUCAACGUCUUCAGCGAUUUCUUCAACAUCCACAUUGACCGCAUCGUCCGUUGUGCAAAAAAACAACCCAAGUUUGGUAUUCACAUCAUUUCAAAGUUCACAAAUUGAUAUGAUAUCAGAGAAAAAUUCCGGUAAAACAAGCGAAAUGAGUGAUGUUAUGAUGCAAAGAUAAACACGACUAUUGAAUAGUCAAUGCCAAUGGUCAAAAAAGAUAUUCACUUCGAGACCUCAUUUUUUUAAAUUACAAUUUAUAAACAAAAUCCAUUUUCUAGCUAGGCAAAUUUUGAUAAAUACAAUUUGUGAUACAGACAAUGGUACAGUUCAAUGACAUUUGUCAGUUCAAUGGAUCGAAAUCGAUGUUGUUCUUACUUGAAAACAUAAUUAGCCAAUAAAAAUUACGAUUUCAUUCAAUCAGAAAUUAGCCAAGUAAGAAGCCUAAGCUACAUCGUACCCAAAUUCAUUAAAUUAUUUUCGUUUUUUUUUCUCUCCAUAUUAAAUAUUUUGUGCCUAAUACUAAUCAAUUCGAACAAUGUAAUUUAUGAAACUUGUAAUGCGAUUUAAAAAAAACAUUGAGAUAUAUGCAAAAA